CCUUAAAUAUGCAAAGCCAAGUGCACUACAGUUACCGAGGACCGAUGUUAACAUUUUGACUCCUUGGCUUGCUCCAAUCAUCUGGGAAGGCACCUAUAAUUAUGACAUCAUAAAUGAACAGUUUAAGCAAGGCAACUAUUCAAUUGGACUCGUAGUCUUUGCAGUGAAAAAGUAUGUCCAAUUUCUGCCUGAAUUUCUGAGAACAGCUGAGUUAUACUUCAUGGUAGGACACAAAGUGCACUACUAUGUAUUUACAGACCAACCUGAAGCUGUACCUAAUAUCACCCUAAAAACAAAUCGAUUUCUCCAUGUUGUUGAAAGUGAGCCUUACAAACGUUGGCAAGAUGUCUCAAUGCAGAGGAUGGAGAGUAUCCAUCAGCAUAUAUCAAAUCAAUUCUACAAAGAAGUAGAUUAUCUUGUUUGUGCAGAUUCUGAUAUGAAAUUUAAUGAUUAUGUAGGAGUGGAAAUCCUAGAUGAACUGGUCGCCACACUUCACCCAGCGUACUAUGGUACAGAACGUAAUCAUUUUCCAUAUGAACGAAGAGGGGUUUCUGAGGCCUACAUACCAGCAGAUGAGGGCGAUUUUUACUAUAUGGCAGCAUUCUAUGCUGGAACUGUGAAGGGUAUUUACAAAAUGACCCAGGUCUGUUAUGAUGGUAUUCAAAAAGAUAGAAAGAAAGGUGUGGAAGCAGUGUGGCAGGAAGAGAGUCAUUUCAAUAAAUACUUGGUGUACCACAAACCUACCAAAGUACUUUCUCCUGAGUACAUCUGGGACAAUGGCAUGGGAAAUCGGACAAUCUUGAAAAAGAAACGUUUUAUUGCUGUCCCUAAGAACCAUAAUGAAAUUAGAAAUUAGAUGAUUCUUGUUUUUGAAUGUAAAAAUUAAUGAAUAUAUUAAAUGUACUCAGGAUUAAUACAUAAGCCAUUAACCAGGAAAGUGCACUGUCAACUGCAGAGUACUUGUAUUAAUAAAAUUAUUUAUAUACUG